AUGGACGACAAAGUGCAUCUGAUAAGUAAUGGUUUGGUAGCCGUACUUGCUGGACUAACAUUUGGAACAUUUCUGGACCGUUCUCAAAUUAGACUCAUAGGUGUUUCAGUUGAGACUGUCUUCCUUUUUGGCAUAAUCGGCAUUGGUUUCGGAAUACCUAUAUCGUACUUACAAAAACAUAUUAAACCAUACUACGUCAUUGUUAUUGGAUGUCUUGGCGGUACUAUUACCUUACUUCUGUUGUGGACAGCAACGGAAACUAACGAAUGGUACAAUUUUAGAACUUCACCAACAGUGGAACAGCCUGUACGUGUAGUUGGAGAAGCAAGAAGAUUUACGCUUCCCGCCUACGAGUACCCGGGAAGUGAUACAGAAUCGAUCGCCGAAUCAGAAGUGGGUUUUACGGAACCCAUGCUACGUACCCCGCUUCUACCAGCAACAAGUCGUUUCAAGAGAGUUUUCGCCGACCUACGUGCUGCAAUACCACAUCUUGUUACCUUCGCAGUUGCAACAGCAGUAAACAUGCCAGUUUCCCGUACACCGGCACCUGCUGAUGACUUCUCGUACAGUACUGCAGGGAUUGUGCACGGUGCAUUCUGGACAAUGAUGCCACAAAUGCUCUUCGAACUGCACGGGUAUAAAAGAAUCACAUUACUUUGGUCGCUCUCCAUCUUAUCCUUCGCUUUAAUCGCUUGUUUCCGAGACUUCGGAUUGCUAAUUUUUAUGACCGAACACUCAUCCUUCCCGAUCUGCUCACCCGAAAACUGCUCAAAAAUGAUGUCCGGAUUCCAACUCGCAACAAACUUGUGCGCUUUCGCCGCUACCCUCUGGCUACACUCGAGAACGCGCAGCACCUAAUC